CAUGCGUCGUCCCCGCUGUGGUGUCCCCGACAAGUUCGGGGCGGAGAUCAAGGCCAACGUGCGCCGCCGCCGCUACGCCAUCCAGGGCAUGAAGUGGGAGAACCAGGAGAUCACCUUCUGCAUCCAGAACUACACCCCCAAGGUGGGGGAGGCCGGGACCUUCGGGGCCAUCCGUCGGGCCUUCUCCGUCUGGGCGGCGGCCGCCCCUUUGCGCUUCCGGGAGGUCCCCUACGGGGAGGUCCGUCAAGGCCGUGCCCCCCAAGCGGACAUCAUGAUCUUCUUCGCCGAGGGCUUCCACGGGGACAGCACCCCCUUCGACGGGGAAGGGGGCUUCCUGGCCCACGCCUACUUCCCCGGGCCCCACAUCGGUGGGGACACCCACUUCGACGGGGCCGAGCCUUGGACGGCCCGCAACGAUGACCUCAGCGGUGAGGGGGUCCACCAAAGGGGAGGGGAGGUGGUCUCCACCCAAGAAAGUGGGUCUUCUGGGGCCCAAUGAGGGCCUCGUCCCCAUUUAGGGUCUUCCUUGACCAAACCAUGGCCAUGGAGAUGUCCUC